AUGCCAAUAUGCCUCUCAGCAAAGGAUAGCCUUCAUCUCUCUCCGGAAGAGAAGAAGAGGAAACUCAAGAAGAAGAAGCACCUGGUGCAGAGCCAGAAUUCCUGUUUCAGGCAUGUGAAAUGCCCUUCAGCCAUGCAAACAGUAGUUUUGUGUGUUGGCUGCUCUACUGUUCUCUGGCAGCCUACAAGAGGAAAAGCAAGGCUAACAGAAGGAUGUUCUUUCAGAUGGAAGCAGCAUUAA